GUAAAAUGCCUGGCCGCGCGGCUGGAGUACAACCAGUUUCCUUCCACUGCUUCGAAAUCUCGCUGUUGCACUCAUCGAAGUCACUUGGCGAGUUGACUGGGACUUGGCGAAAGAAGGUGGGAGAGAGAGAGAGAAAGAGAGAAAAAGAGCGAGAGAAGGGGACCGCGAGUGUGUGUGUAUGUGUGUGUGUGAAAAUGAGCGAAUGUUUGCAAGCGAGGAGGAGUAGGUGGUGCGUGGUAGAAUGGCGGAUGAGAGCGAGACGGAGAGGCGGGCGGGAGGAAGAAGAAGAGAUGUGGACGGGAAUAAUUGGAGGAAAGGUGACAGGAUAGGUGAAUCAGCGGGGAAGAGGUACGGAGAUAGGUCAUUAGUUAGAGUAAUGGUGAAGCUACAAGAGACAAUUAAGGGAAAUUGGAUUUCGAUGCAGUUGGAUGAAAUCUAUCUAGUUUUUUAGCCAAAUAGCAGAGAGACGGAGUCGUCGCUCUCGAAGUUGAAGAAACAAGAAGGAGAGAGAGAGAGAGAGAAAGAGAGAUACCUGUUUACCUCGACAAAGACGAGGAGAUUAAACGAAGACAGCGCCGAGGAGAGUGAAGAAUACCGAAAAGGAAUAGGGAAGGGCGGCGAAAUUGAUAAAAGGAGAAGACUUAUUCAUGGAAAUCAGCAAGGCGGAGAUGAAGAGAUACGCGAAGAAGACGGCGGUUGAAGAACCGAGCGGCAGAGAACGGAGAAGAAACGAGAAAAAGAGAGAGAAAGGGGAAAAAGAGAGAGAGAGAGAGAGAGGGCGGGGGGAUCGUUAAGAGAGGCAGGGAGAAAGGAUAUCCCUCAAAAGAAGAUAUACUCACGAUCUCCGCCUCGCAACAAAGACGGAGAGACACGUGACGACAGAAGCUGAAGAGUGAAGAAAAUCGCGGAGAAACGAAAGGGACACGGAGUAAAAUACUCGUCAAGGAAAGAGGUGGAGAGAGGCAAAAAGGAAAGAAAGAGCGUGCGAACGGUCGUGUACGCUUCGUACACGUGUGUGUGUAUGUGCGUGUGUGUGUGCAAGUAUAUCCGUGGGUUUGUGUGCGUUUGUGUCUGCAAGGCGCACACCACGGCGAACGAUAGUGAACCGCCGAUCUCUCGUGGAAGGGGUGGGGGUCCUCGCUCGGUGUGCGCGCUGUACUCCAGCAACUCGGCCUGCGCUAGACGCUGCCGCUGGUCGUGGUACAACAGCCUUCGCAUUCUUCGGAGAAGUGAAAGCAGUUUCAGGGAAAUUCUGGUGGCGGUCGGGCGUUCGUUCGUUCGUUCGUUCAUUCGUUCGUUCGUACGUACGUUCGUUCGUUCGUUCGCCAAAGGCAGUGUCGGCCGUGCGACGUUUCUUUCUCACCUCCGCGGAGGCGCGGAGGCUCUCGCGAUCUCUCGGGCCGGAUCCCUUUUCCUCGUUUAUCGGUGCACGAGAUCGGGCUCUCAUUACGAAAGCGGUGCUCGUAAUCUCUCGCCCUAGGGAGAGACGCGCAUACUAAAUAUAUAUAUAUAUAUGUGCUUAAUAUGUGCACGCGCGCGAAACAGAUGGCAAACUCGCGGAUCGACGCAAUCCCGUACCCCGCGGUGAGAUAAUGGACAAACGCCAUGAGGCACCUACUGCUACGUGGAGAACGUCGUUGCGAAAUCGUUGUCGUCGAAGGGGAAUAGAAGAGCGCCACUCAGAAUUGACUAUCAGAACGCAAAAUGGUAUCGAGGCGGAAGAUACUUUCGCGUUCGCGAGAUAAUCUCGUGGAGUCGCAAUACGAGGAUCAGGAUGAGGAAGACGUAUGGUAUAACUUGGAUAAAUUGUACAAGGAUCAUAUACAAGAGGUCUUAGAUAAAUGGAAUCAAAUAGACGAUGAAAUUUGGGCGAAGGUUAUCGUCUUCGAGAGAAAUAGACGAGUCGCGAAAGCGUAUGCCAGAGCGCCCGUUCUCACGAUAAACGGUUCAAAUGACGGAUUCGAUGGAUUCAGGAUAGGGCUUUGCGGGUUCGACAAUCCCAUGCGGGACCCGAAAACGGAGGAGGCGAAGCGUCACAUAAACCAGGGUGUUAAAAUAAAGAUGGACGAGCAGGGCAACAUUCUCAUCAAGAGAUUAUGCAAAAAUAACGUGUACGUGAAGUCGACGAAUCAGGAGGACAACGCGAUCGGCCCGGAGAUUAUACGUAAUUCGCAGGGCGCGCUCGAGCACGAGAAACCCGGAAAGCUGUUUGACAUGAAUAAAUUCCAAACGAAUCUGUCGCGGGAGACGCGCAGGGCCUACCCGGACCGACGGCGAUUGGAGAUGCAGUGCCUGAGCGCUAUCAUAUUCGUGAGAACGGAAGCCGACUUACUUCAGUGCCCCGUAUGGGUGCUCAUCGUCAACGUGGUAGGAUUGGACAUGCUCAAGUCGAAGCUCCCACCAGUUUUAGCAUUACAGAGACCGGUGGAUAUAAAGAAUAGGCCUAGAAUACCAAUUCCCGACGAGGAUCCGUACAGCGUGGCCGGCGUGUCGUCGUCCGUAGGUCCUAGCGAAAUAAUGACGGACAGGGACUCGCGGGAGCAAAUCUACAUGCAAUCGACAAGUUACCAGCAUCGACGCACGGAGAGACCGCCGAAAUUGCCGCCUAGAGAAAAUCUCUACGGCCACGGCAUCCCCAAGCCUGAUUACGACGAUAUAGAAGACGACUAUGGCAGGGCGAUGAAACACCACAUGAGGGAGGAGAAACGAAGUAAACACGACGACAGGAAAAAAUACGACGACCCGUAUUAUUGCGGUUUACGAGCGCGCGUGCCUAAUUUCGUCAAAAUGGCGAGAAACGGUCACAGCAAGGUAGGACCUCCCCCGUCUCGAGGACAUCCUAGGACACAGCCGGCGCCGUCUUAUGCAGGCACCUCCUAUGCUAGUAGUCAAUCCUCUCAGAUAUACGGACAUCUACCGGCUCAUCGACCACCCAUUAUGUAUCACGCCAGAAGCUUCGAAAGCGGCUUAGAUUCGGACAACAGGAACGAGUCACCGUAUAAUCACAUAUACGGAAGGUUACCGAUCCCGACGAGAGGCGUAAUACCUCCGACCCCGCGUGCUAUGUAUAUUGGAGAGUGGGAUUAGAUGUAAGAACUAUCUCGGCGUUUGUACUUAUAAACUCUCUGUAUAUUGUUAAUAUACCACAUAAAUACUCAUAUUUUUAUGCCA